AUGUCUAAAUUGAACCCCGUCACCCAACACAAAGAGUUCUUCGGCGUUCCAGGCGCUUUGGGUAUCGCCACAUUUUUACCGAUCAUCUUGGUGUUCUUUUACGCCGUGUGCAAUGAACAGUACUCCAUCAAGGGCAUCCUGCUCGAUCUCGACAAAGUCAUUGAGCAGAUCCCCCAGAAUUGGGCAGAGUGGAAGGAAUUAUGUUUUGACUCGACUGUGUGGACGGCUUAUUUGACGUGGUUCUUCGUACUUGCCGUGCUUGAUGUCUACUCCCCAGGCAAGGACAUGGAUGGUAUCGAGCUUCGUGAUGGCACGCACUUGCCAUAUAGAAUCAAUGGUGUCUUCAUGAGUGGAACAUUGAUUGUCUUGCUUCUUGCAAGAUUGUUUGCAUCUCCGGACUACUUCCUUCCCGAAUUACAAUUCCUUUACGACAACCAAGCCAAAUUGAUCUUCGUCACCAUCAUCUAUUCGUUCAUCGUGUCCUUCUUCGUGUACUUUAUUUCAUUCAUCCCAUUGCGUGAAAAAAAUGGUCUCGGUACCAAAGAAAGAAUUCUUUCAAUUAAUGGAAACUCUGGUAACCCCAUUUACGAUUGGUUCAUAGGUCGCGAGUUGAACCCCAGAAUAGGCGCUUGGGAUAUCAAGUUGUUCUGUGAAUUGAGACCAGGCAUGCUUUUGCUUUUCUUGAUUAACUUGUCUUGCAUUCACAACCAGUAUCACAAGUUUGGCAAGAUUUCAAAUUCAUUGGUUCUUAUCAACUUCUUGGAAGCGUUCUAUAUCUUCGAUGGUGUGCUCAACGAAGAGGGCUGCUUGACCAUGAUGGACAUUGCCACAGAUGGCUUCGGUUUCAUGCUUGCUUUCGGUGAUUUGGCAUGGCUUCCCUGGUCGUAUUCCUUGCAAUGUCGCUACCUCUCGUUGGAAGGUAAUGCCGUUGAUUUGACCCCAGUACAAAUCGGCUCCAUCUUGGCACUCAGCUUCUUCGGAUACUACAUUUUCCACUCUGCUAACCAACAGAAGUCUGAUUUCAAGCAAGGAAAGCUCGAUCACAUGAAGAGUAUCUCCACUCCAACGGGAUCUAAGUUGCUCGUCGAUGGCUGGUGGAAACUCUCGCAGCAUAUCAACUACUUCGGCGAUUGGCUUAUUGGGUGGUCAUGGUGUUUACCUACCGGUACCCAGACUCCCUUCACAUAUUUUUACGUGGUUUACUUUGCCACGUUAUUGGUGCAUAGACAAACUAGAGACGAGGCCAAGUGCAGAGCCAAGUACGGUAAAGCCUGGGAGGAAUACGAGAAACAGGUUCCUUACAAAAUCGUACCUUACGUUUGGUGA